AUGGCACUGCAGCGUGCUGCCUCCGUGCUCGCCACCGCGCUGGUGCUUACAUCCAUACUUACUGUAUUGAUUCUUCCGUGGGCGUGUGGCGUGUGCUACGGGGUGCACGGCGACCGCCUGCCGAAGCCGGCCGAGGUCGUGCAGCUCUACAAGUCCAAGGGCAUCACCGCCAUCCGCCUCUACGAGCCGGACGUCCAGACGCUCCUGGCCCUCAACGGGAGCAACAUCGGCGUCCUCAUCGACGUGGCCGACGAGAACGUGCCCCGCCUCGCCUCCGGCGCCGCCCAGGCGGACCUCUGGGUCCAGCUCAACAUCAAGCGCUACUACCCGGGCGUCUCCUUCCGGUACAUCGCCGUCGGCAACGAGCUCGCCGGCGCAGCCACGCGGAGCAUCCUCCCGGCCAUCAAGAACCUCAACGCCGCGCUCGCCAAGGCCGGCAUCAAGGGCAUCAAGGUGUCAACGGCCGUCAAGAUGGACGUGCUCGCCACCUCCUCGCCGCCCUCCUCCGCCGUCUUCAAGGACGACUACAUGAAGCAGAUCGUGGCGCUCCUCGGCACCACCGGCGCGCCGCUGCUGGUCAACGUGUACCCCUACUUCGCCUACAUCGGAGACCAGAAGAACAUCGACCUCAACUUUUCCCUCUUCCAGCCGAGCUCCAGGGUCAUCAAGGACAACGGGCUCAGCUACACCAACCUCUUCGACGCCAUGGUCGACGCGGUGUAUGCGGCGCUGAGGAGCGCCAAGGUGCAGGUGCCCGUCGUGAUUUCCGAGAGCGGCUGGCCGUCAGCUGGAGGCGUCGGCGCCAGCGUGGCCAACGCGCGGACGUACAACCAAAACCUCAUCAACCACGUCGGCAAGGGCACGCCCUCUAAGUCGCAGCCGCUGGAGACCUACGUAUUCGCCAUGUUCAAUGAGAACCGCAAGACGGGGGCUGAGACGGAGAAGCACUUUGGGCUUUUCAAUCCGGAUAAGUCGCCGGUGUACCCUAUUAAAUUCUGAAUGUUUCGUGUCUGAAAG